GUUGGUUGCUCGGUUCAUCAAAUUAGCCAAUGAGAAGGGCACAGGCCCUGGUCGCCAGGGAAACCGCGUGACAACAAGAUGGCGGUGCCGGGACGGCUCGCUGUCCCUGUGCGGGUGUUCCUGAUAGGUAGCAUCUAGACUAGAACUAUGAGCUCACCUCUGGCCUCCCUUAGCAAGACCCGGAAAGUGCCCCUGCAGUCGGAGCCUGUGAACCCUGGGAGGCGAGGGAUAAGAAUCUACGGAGACGUUGUGGGGCACAGUGUACAGCUGCUUCACCCUGGCUGGGGCCCAGCUCCUGAGCUCCCUUCAGGCCUUGGUCCCAGAGCAGUGACCUGGGCAUCCCUGUCUGCAGAAGAUGAGGUGGACAUGAAUGAUGGACCUGACUCUGAAGAAACGAUCUCUGUCCCUUCCCACUAUGGCAGCAUAGCUGCCCCUGAGAGGAGCCAAGGCCCUGGCUUCCCAGAGUCGGAGCUGAUGACCUCCAUGACAAGGAAGAUGCAGGAGCUGGAGCAGCAGGUGCAGGCCCAGACUGACGAGAUACUGUCCAAGGACCAGAAGAUCCUGGCCCUGGAAGAGUUGGUAAAGACCCUCCAGCAGCACCAGGGUGAAGUGACCAUGCAGCGGCAGGAGGAGCUGGAGACCUUGUGCACACAGCUGCAGCGGCAAGUCGGGGAGAUGGAGCGGUUCCUCAGUGACUAUGGCCUGCAGUGGGUGGGCGAGCCCAUGGACCAGGAGAACUCGGAGGACAGGACAGGCCCAGAGGAUCAUGAGAAGGACUGGAUGAUGGCCAAGAAGUUCUGGAAGCCAGGGGAUUCAUUGGUGCCUCCUGAGGUGGACUUUGACAGGCUGCUGGCCAGCCUGAAAGAUCUCAGCGAGCUGGUGGUAGAGGGUGACACACAGGUGAUUCCAGUUCCUGGUGGGGCACGACUCCAUGCCCUUGAGCCCAUCCCGCUGAAGCUCUACCAGAAUGGCAUCGUGAUGUUCAAUGGGCCCUUCCGGCCUUUUCACCACCCUGCCACACAGCGCUGCCUUCGGGACAUACUAGAUGGCUUCUUCCCUUCAGAGCUCCAGCAACUCUACCCCAAUGGAGUUCCCUUUAAGGUAAGCGACCUCCGUGACCAGGUCUACCCAGAGCAUGGGCUGGGCCCAUUCCCAGGCGAAGGCUGUGUGGUGGGCGGGCAAAGGAUGCUCCAGGCCCCAGAUAGGUUGGAGGUGCCCCCAGGGAUGACUGCUGAGAAACUUCUGAACAGGCUCCCUAAAUUUGUGAUCCGACAAGGCGAGGUGAUUGACAUCCGGGGCUCCAUCAGGGACACCUUGAAGAACUACUGCCCAUUGCCUGUUCCGAUCCAGGAGAUCAUAGUGGAGACACCUGCUUUGGCUGCCGAGCGACAGAGGAGCCAGGAAUCACCCAACACAGCGGCACCCCCACUCUGCAUGCUGCGUGUCAAGUCUGAGAAUGGGGAGCAGGCUUUCCUAUUGAUGAUGCGGCCUGAGGACACUAUUGGUGCCGUGCGUGCCCUGCUAGCACAGGCCAGGUGGGAACAGGGCACGGCUGGGGGCUGCGGGGAGGCUCUGACGCUGUGGCCCAGCCUGAUCCAUUCCGCUGGGCCUUCAGGGCCAUGGAUGCUGCCACCUUUGAGAUCUUCAGCACAUUCCCACCCAGAGUCUACCAGGAUGAUGCACUCACACUGCAAGCCACAGGCCUGGUGCCCAGUGCAACACUGCUAUUGCGGGCACGCAGGGCCCAGCUGCCCAACCCUGGCUUUAUUCCCAUCGUGGGUUCUGACCCCACCCUUGAAUAAAGUGCUGCCCCUGACACAAUCAGCUCUACCAGGCUCUCUGGGAAAGGCAGUUUCCAGGGGAAGGGGCAGCCCAGCUGGGCCAGGGAAGGGCAGUGCUGACCCUCUCCUCAAUUAACUUGAGCCCCAGGUGGUUGGCUCCCGCUGGGUCUUUGUCCUGAAGGUUCCUCUUUCUCCCAGGAAGGGCUAAGUGGUGUCUGUGAAGGGAGAAAUUUUGAGAAGGGAGUGGCCAGGCCUGCUGGUUUGGCAUCUUCAGCCUCACUGUGUAAGUGUGCACUGCUGCACACAGACCCACAUGCUUGUGGGGAUACUUAGUCCUUGGCACCACACAGAGCCACUGCCACUCCACACACCCAUGGCCUCAAACCUACAGAGCUGCAGUUGUGCACCACACCCACAAUGUACCCACACUUAGUAUUCUGUUCUAACACAGGCAGGCAGCCACUCAGCACAUGCAUGUGAACUGGAGGUGUCCCACCCACUAUCUCUAGAAACUGCUGGUCCCAUACACGCAUGUACACCAGACAUAUAUCCAGAGACACCCACAGACACACACACACACACACACACACACACACACACACACACACACGCGUGACAGCCACAUAAGCACAUUUGGCACAAUCACAACUACCAGCUUUGCCUAGGACUGGGGCCCAGGAUGCCCAGGCCACAACCAGACAGACAGUGCCAAUGGAAUGGGCAUUUAAUUGUUCUAGGGUGUUCCCAGGAAGGGGACUUCGGGGCCUUUGGCAGAGCUCUGGCUAAUGGAACUAAAAGAACUGCCCACCAGCCAGUGCUAGAGAAGAGUGGCAGCCGCAAGGCUUGACUGAGGACAGCCAGCCCGUGGGCUGUUACUUUAAGACAAUUUCUGAGACAGUAGAUAAGGAAUGUUGCCUUUGAAUGGAGGAAAAGGAGCUAGCAAGGGGGAGGAGAAGAGGUAUAGAUAGGUUGGGCAAGGGACUCCAAGGUAAGAAAGUUAGGAAUGAAGGGAGUUGGUCAUGAGGUCCUUCGAGACUGGGUGAGACCUGUGGGGAGAACAUGCUGCGUCCAGUGGGAAGUGGGGGCGAGCUUGAUUCAGGCCAGUUUCAGGAAUUCCUGCAGUGUGUUCUGUUCUACAGCCUCGACGAAGAGCUCAUAGUCCUGGAGGAGAAGGACAGGUUGGUCAGCCGAGGGCCAAGUGCUUUAGUGUGACCCUUAUUGGAGUCCACAAACAACACCCUCCAAAUCCCAAUCCCCAGGGCCAUACCCCACAGUACUGGUCCCCAUUGACAAUCUGUGGUGGGGUAGCCUUGGGAUUGCCUGCCAAGGUUCGCAUCUCAUCCAGCAGAGCGUUGUCCAGAGAGAUGUCCACUAGCUUGUACUGGAUGCGCUUCCCAUCCAGGAUGCGGGUCACCUCACUCUGCUGGGACUUGAUCUGGGGGGCAUAGGGUGGGUAGGGUGAGUGAGUAGGGUGGAAUGAGAGGGUGGGUAGGACUCUGAGCAGAUGUGACCAGGUGCUUUUGUCCCCAUGUCUCUUGCCCACUCCAGGGAAAAGUUGCAGUCACUAGUAGUUGGGCGAGUCAGGGUCCAGGCAGCACAGAAUGAAGGACUACCACCAGGGGGUUGGGGGGGGAAUCAGAAAUCAGGAGAGUCAUAAAGUUCAGGACAGGGAAAGCAGGAGUUCAGCGGGGUAGAACAGAGCAGACCUGGUUGGUGGCCACACGGUGGGGGUGAGGCUCGUAGGGCUAAGGACGGGCUAAAGAGUGCCAGAGAAUGGGUGUCCUGGGGGUGGGGGAUGGGCAUGGAUAUUCAUGCUGGGACUGCUGAGGACCCAGGAUAUGUGGCGGCGAGGGGCCCAGGAUAGGGUUGCGGCCGCGAGCCGGGGGAGACCCCCAGCACCUCUAGGCUCCCCACCCUGCUCCGCCCCCGUGGUGGGGGCGGCUCCCGGGAGCACCGGGAAACGGCUGCGCGCUCCUCAGAGACAGGGGCGUACUUACUUCUCGGGAGCCGGUGACCGACGUGCUGUAGACCCGCAGGCCGCUCAUGCUGCAGGCAGACAAACGUUUGGACAGGCGGAGGGGCGGUAGUAGCGGCAGCUGCACUGCCGAGAGACGAGGCCGCCGUGCUCGGGAGCGGUUUCCUUCCUGCUCCGCCCGCGAGUCACUGUUCUCCGGGCCAAUGGGUGACGCGGGCGGGUAGGGCGGGGCAUGCGCGACACCGCCCGGCCCCUGGAUGGAGAUGCCCUCCCUUCCCCCAGGGUUGGCCUGGCGCUGGCCAGGCAUUGUGAGGACCCCAGUCCUCUGCAGCUGUACUGUCGACCCUGUCAGCCCUUCCCAGACCUGAGGCGCACCGGGUGAAGCUGGGGAGGGACCAGAUGGCACGAAAGGCCCGGGAGGCGGUGGCAAAGGCUUAACAAAUGCCUCCCCAGUUCACCCAGGUUCUAGUACACAGGACCAGUGCCAAGGUCUGUCUCCAUCAUAGUAUAGCGCACCCUGGGACUUUAUAAGAUUUGUGUAGUUUCCAAACCUAAAGUUCUGGAUAGGAGAUAAACCAGCACAGGGCUGCCUCUGCCAGAUUGUUCCUACAGCUUCUCAAUCCAGACAGGUUUAGACAGGAAUAGUGGCCUGAAGCAGGGGCCACACCCUCCAGGAACUAAGACAUAGAUGCUCAUAGUUUUGGGAAAAGUGGGGACAAAGGUUAAAGCCUGGAUUCUCAGGCCAUGGUUCAGGUUGGCCCCCAACCCGACACUACCCCAUGGGUGUUAUCUUCACAAUAACCUGGGGAGUUCAGAGGCAGCAGACACUUGCAGCAACCAGCCCCAAUUGGGAGACUUGACUUUGUUUGUGGUUGGAUGAAAAGCCCCUGAGGGUUCAGUAAGUGAUAGCCCCUAAAGACAACCCUAGCUCUGAGGCUAGCAGUACCUGUUUUGCUGAGAUACCACUUCCUCAUAAAACCCCACUGACUUCCUCAGAGAACCCUGCCGACAAAACUAUUCCGUGUCAGCUUACUCUAUGACUAAGGAGAGCUCUGCCAAACAGAAAAUAGUGUGGGUAGAGAUCUUAUUUGUCUCCAAAAAUGACAGAGAAGCAGAAGUGGUAAAGAUACGGACACAGAACCAGACCUUGCUGCAACCUGGGGAACUGAGAUAAAACAGCCAGCCUUUGGCUUCAAAAAACCAAAGUGAGGGGCAAGGUCAGGGGAUGUCAAGGGGGAGUCAUAGAAGGCUAUGGAAAACAAGUAUCUGUUAAAUAUUUUAUUCUGUAAUCAAAAUAGGCAAUACAAACCAGUUGACAUAACAAAUAUUCAUAUAAAUAACUGCUUAUAAACUUUACAAGGAAAAAUACCCCUGAGCAUGGUGGCUGGGCUCCCAACACAGGGUGGAGACCAACCAGGCAGCUCUGCUUUAAGAGGCAGGAGCCCAGAGGCUGAAGGGGUGGCCAGCCAGGCGGGGCCGCUCUGAAUGGAAGGGAUAAGUCACUCCACAAAUAAAACACAAACUUGUAAAAACACUUAAGAAGGAGGCUCAUUCAGGCCCCAGAGUGAGGUCCGGGAUGCUGCCAACAGCCCAAAGUCUUGUGGCUGUCUUUAGGCUCCGGAAAUGCUUUGCUCCUCAGAAUCCAAACAUGGCCCCUGCUUGGCCUGGCUCCAGAUUUCGAGGUCUGGGGCUGGCCCAACAGUCUGAUGCUAACAACUGGGAGAUGCUUCCUAAACCCAGAGGCAAGAAAACCCAGAAAGCAGAGGGUCCAAAGACACCAGAACAAACAAAAAAACUUCAGGAAACACUGAAAGCUGUAUCUUAAAGUUGACCCACACUGGGUACUGUCCUGGAGACCAGAAGAGAAAAGGGAGAGAACUUCCCCAAACGUAACAAGCACAAGAGGGCCUAGUAUAGGUCCUGGGGGGAAGGGAAAGCAGUAACUUGUUAGUUAACUUGGUGGCCUGGGGGAAAAUUCUACCCAACCCCUGAACCACAGUGAAGAAUUUACACUCAAAGCCCAAGAAAGGAGUACCUGGAAGCCUGAGAACAAAGGAAGAUGCUAUACAAACCACAUGGCCAGGACUCCAGGGACACAGGGCAGUUGAAGAGUGGAUCUCCAAUAGAUAAAAAAAAGCAUGGCAGACAGAUUAAAGACCUGUAACUAUAAUCUCUAAGCACCCACUGCUAGUGGUUGCUUUGCUAAUGAACAGGUCACCCUGAGGCUUCUGUGAGAACUACAGCCCUGAGGAAGAAGUUAUGGGACUGGGUUGAGAAAAUCCCAAAAGCCAAUCCAGUUUCAGAAAGAGUGGCACAUGAAGCCUGAGAAUUCUCUAAUGGUCAUCGCUACUUAUCUUUGGCCUUUCUAGGCCUCUCUAAUGAGUUCUAGGAUCAGCAGAACCAAAAAAUGGAGUAGGAAUGAAUAUGGAUCCAUCUUGGAUGACAGAGAAAGGAGGUAAGCAGAUUGCAGUGUCAGUAUAGAGCUAGGAACAUAAAGACCUAUCUGUUGAACCUGAAAAAGUAACUCACCUCAAAAGGUAAAUUAGGUUAAGAGGACAAACAUAACAUAACCAAGAAAGCCAAAGCUAGUCUAAGGCAGGGGCAGGUACACUCCUUCCUUCAACAGUCCAUGGCCCCCAGAGGCAAGGUGUUCCCUCUCUACCUCUCAGACUCCUCUCUAGGAAAUAGCAGCGGGCAGGAGGUAAGACUGUCAGGGUUGGAACCUGCUGGCCAGGCUCGUAGCAGCUCAGGUUCUCCUAAGGAAAUACAGCCUGUCCACCCCCAGCACUCCUCACUGUGUUGCACAGUUUUCUCCCAUGUCCUGGGCAUAUCUGUCUGACAUGGUGGUCCGUAAGUCCUCAAUGUCCCGACGUAGUUGUUGAACCUCUUCUAGUUUUCUCUUGAUCACUUCUGGCUUCUGCAAAUCUGACUGAGUCUCUCCUGGGUGCUGUAUGGCUGAAAAGGAGAGCAUUUCCAUUGUCAGUUAUCUGGUACACAUUUUUCUUGAAUGUGUGGUGCUGGGGAUCCAACCUAGGGAUUCAACUGAGCCAUGCAAGGUCAAUUGUUCUACUGCUGAGCUACAUCCCCUGCCCCAAGGCCAUGCUGUUUUUUAAAAAACACCAGGAAAGGCCUUGUAACUUGCUACUGAAGACCCACUUUUUGUUUGUUCUUCAUGCAAACACCCUGUAAGGAUGCCUGUUUGCAAAACACUUACUGAAGGCCUACUCCAUCAAAUAUAUAUUCCCAGAGGGCAGUGACUAGUUCUGUAUACCUAGUUUACCCAAUUUACCAGUAGAAAAGUUAGAUGCCUCAAGAAUAAAAGCCCCUCUCUCAAGGAUCCCAGAUCGGCUGGAGAACUUACAGUGAAUGCCCAAGAGCAGAGACAGAUUGGGGUCGUGGCCCUGGGCUCUCUGGGUCACAAUACUGCAGACAUCCUGCAAAUCUUGAAGGCAACUGGCCAACUCUUGGUGCAGCUCAAAUGCUAGCUGGGCUGCAUCUGAAGAUGGGGACCUUUGUUGGGCCAGGCGCAAGUGUUCCUGCAGUGUCAGAUUCUUCUCAAUCAGGUCCUGGUUUUGCACUGAGAGCUGAGCAGACAGAGGGAUAAGCGUAUUAACUCAGCAGUAGGGAGAAGAAUCUAUACACAUGUGUGCUUCACAGUGGCAGCACUGGGGGAGUUGCAGGUAUGUGUGUGGAAAGGAGGUAUGAAUCAUAGGCAAUGCCCUCCCUUCCCCACCUCUACCAACAGGAGUAGUAUUCUGGCCUCCCCACCAAUACUAGGCCUAGUUCCUACUGAGAAUAGGAUAGGACUAAAGGGAUCCAGCAGUGAAGAGGAAGCUACUGCUCAGCAGGCUCUGAGUCAUCAGCCUCCAGGUUUCUUCCAGGAACCAGAGAUGCCCCCACCCACAGGAACUCUAUCUGAAGCCAGUCCCUCAGCCAACUCUGUUAGCCAGGCUAUUAGAGAUGGCCUAAUGUGAACAGUGAAAUCUGAGGAGACACUGGUUUCAAUCUCUCCCUGCCACCUUGACCAAAGUGGCCACUAGCCAGCCUGAUCAUAGGCUGUCAAGAAUAAUAAAGGGGGUAAGAAAUGAAGCUAGAGAAGGUGGAGACAUGGAAGAUACAAGGCUAAAACAUGUCCUGCUUUACUAUCUAAAUGGAGUUAAGCUUUACUACAAAGACCUGCCAUGUCUUUAAUUUUUUGUGUGUGUCUUUGUAUGUCUGUGUCACUUUCCCUGACAACUUAAUUAACUCUUCUUUCCUCUAUUUUGUUUUUGUUUUAUUCUGUAUACAGUACUGGGGAUUGAAACCCAUGAAUACUGAGUGCUCACCUGACCAAAUCCAAGGUCUCAGUCCACCUAAGACCAGAACAGGUCCAAACUUGUGAUCCUCUUGCCUUAGCAUUGUCUGAGGAUCUAGAUCACAGGCAUGUACUGCCACUAUACUGGGCUUCUAUUCUGUUUUAUACACUCUGUUCUUUCUCCAGUCUAGCACUUCACCCAUAGUGGGCCAUGUGACAAUUUUAGCUCUGGGAAACUUUCCUAGGCACUUGGUCAGUGAACCCAGUGGUUCCCUGCUGACAGUUGUAUGUUGCCUGAAGAUAAACAUAUUAAGUCUUCUUGAACCCUUCCACCCUUCUGCCCAAACCCCACAAGGCUGUGGCUACAAGACAAAAGGAAAAGAAUAACUUCCUACAUCUAGAAAGUACUUCUCUAUAAUUAUGGCCAUUCUAAGGGAUAUGGCCUGCAGCAUAAAGCAUGGCAUCAUGUUAUCCUCCUCUCCCCACAAUGGGGUUCUUGUGGGGAAGGGAGGGUACACAAAAGUCAGUUUUGUGGAUACUGUACCAAGAGGCCUGGCCAAUGCUGCUUACCUCCUUCACAGCUGUACGCAGCUGCUGCAGAGCUGACUCCCUCCGCUGGGCCUCUUCUUUCAGGGCCUGAUUUGUUCCUUCUUCUUGAACAAUUUCCUGCUCUAGGCUCUGAAUUCCAUAGCAAGGUGUUGUGGAGAACGCAUCAAGAGUGGUUAAGUCUGAUUAAGGCUGAAUCACUUUGGGCCUGGACUAUAUAGUAUAUACUGAAACCCCACCCAACCCACAUAUUGCUUAAAUUAUUUUAGAGCAGUGAUGGUGAACCUAUGGCACAUGUGUCACAUCCAGCUGUUUAUUAUCAUGAAAAGCUCUAAAAGAUUUGCCAUAAUCGUUUAUAUGACCUCGCAUUGAAACUUUUUUUUUAGGCAAGGUUUCACUAUGUAAUGCAAACUGGCCUUGAAUUCAUGGUGAUCCUCUUGCCUCAGCAUCCGGAGUGCUGAGAUUACAGGUGUGCACAACCACACUCAGCUCCUCAUUUAAACACUUAAACAGCCUCUAACCACAUACCAAACUGAGAUCAACUUCUUAGCAGGCACUUGGAGUCAUUUAACUGCUGUUUAUGUUCCUAUCACUGUCUCUUUUCACCUUCCACACAGCUUCCACUCCAGUCACACCGAAUGAUUGGUCUUUAUCCUGAAAGACUCCAGCUUCAAAGUCUUUCCUUACUCCUCUUUCCCUUUGUUCAGACUGCUCUUCUGCUCUGCCUGUCACUCUAGGAAGCCUGAAGGCCUACCUGAACCUUCUUCAAUUUGCAAAUCAGAUCCAGUUAAUCCUAACCCCAAGUUUCACUCAUACUUCUAACCUCAACUCAUGACUAUAUCUGCUUAAUAUUAUGUGGGCUGUAUUCAGACUUUUCAUUUCCAUCUGAACACAACUUUGUUGAAAGUGGAGAAUGUGCCAUUCAGUUGAGUUCAACAUUUGUUCAGUACUUCUUAUGAUAGGUACUGUAGAUACUGGAAAGAACACUGAAUAGUGCCUGCCGAUUAGGAGCUACAGGCCAGUGCUGUGUAUGAAAUGUUUUGGAAAAUGGAAAAGAGUGUGUGUGUGGGGGGGGCAAAACCACAAGCAGAGAAAGAGAGAGAGAGAGAGAGAGAGAGAGAGAGAGAGAGAGAGAGAGUAUGUGUGUGUGUGUGUGUGUGUGUGUGUGUGUGUCUGUGUGGUGGUCAAAGUCACAUUGAGGGAUAUACUUAAAAGCUUUUUAUCUUAUUACCUCUUUCUUCAUUCUAACACCUUUCCCAAUUGUAAAACUAAUUUGAAUAAAUAACAUAUAUUUUAGUUCCCCAUUUUAUAUUAAUAAAAAAUGUAACUAUCAAGGAAACCUCAUGACCAUGAAACACUCAAGGUGACCAGGAUUAAUCUACUUUAUUCUCAGAAAUUCAUCUGUGCAAGAGGUGCAGUUUAAAUUUGCAGACCCAAGGUGACGGUGCCUCUGCAAGACAUGGUAGUGGAGGGGAGCAGAUGUGAGGGACUGCACUGGCUCACAAUGAGUGCAGAGGACUUAGUCCUCCCAUGGGAGAGAGCAAUUAGCUGAAAGUCAUCUUGGAGAUGGACUGGUUGAGCUCAGAAUCCAGAACUGCAGCAGGCUCCAUCUAGCAGCUCCUAGCUCGACUCAGACCCAUGGGAACUGUUGGACAGUGGGGAGCCCAAGUCUGGUCUUAGGGCAGGCCUGCUGAGAUUAUCCAUUACCCCACCAAAAAGCUACUGAUAGCUGGCUGGGAGAGAUCUGCAUGAAUUGGGACUCUGUCUCCACACGUUGUCUACUAGUGAAACAAGAGAGAACCCUAGAAGUGGACUUUUUCUUCCCUUUUUUUUUUCUCUUUCUCCUUCAUUGUUUGAUCUUGUUUUUAUAUGUGUGUGAAUCUGGUUCCUAGCCUCUUUGUGGUUGUGGUUUUGUUCUUUCUUUUCUCUUCCAUCUCUCUUUUCCUUCAGUCUUCUGUACCAGUCUCCCAAAGUUGGCAUGAUCCCCCUUUGUCUUCCAACCUUAUUUCUAAUCUCUUCCUCUUCUACUUUUCUAUUUUCUCCUUAAUCCAUUUUAAAUUUUAACCCCUGAGGGCAAAACUGACAUGUAUACUGCAUAUAACUUUCUGGUUUGCUUUAGAUUUUGUUAUAUAACCACAAAUCUACUUCAUACAGUUAAAAGUAGCACAUUAAGGGUUAGCUCAGUUUGUCAUUCUCUUGGAUGUGUCUGAUGCUAUUGAUUGAAACAACUGUUCUAAACAGCUGUUCAUCCUGGUUUUCCAGGAGAUUGACCAGGGGUCACAGCAAAUACUGUGGCACAGUCUAAAGAACCAGGGGCUGGGCCAAACAAGUAACAACUUCUCAUCUCCAACAAACUUUAGAGAUAAGAUCUUCCAACAUAUUUAAAUCCAAGAUGAUACCUCAGAGAAGCAGUUAUCACCUAGAGAUCCUAGGUGCUAGUGAUAAAGCAAUCUACCAUAGGCAAUUUACAAGCAUUACCACAGGAAUUAAACUAAGAAAAAAAAAAAUGAAAAGACACUUAAACAAAACAAAAUGUAACCCCAGACAUCAAGUUCACCAAAGGCAAAUCCACUGGUCAAUGAGGUGAGGUGGGACAUUGUGAAAGGCGCCCACCUGGCCUUUCUGAAGUAACAACAAAUCAAUUGAAUGAGACUCUGAAAAAAAUGAGAUCAGAAAUAAUCUCUCAGAUAAAGACCUCGCUUAGUGAUGCUAGGACAGAUACAGACCAAAAAAAAAGACAAGCUUAAGAAAAUUAUAGAAGCUCAGCAUAUGAAAGAAAUGGAAUCCAUAAAAUAGAUUCAAGCAGAUAUCCAGGAUAGUUAAAAAUUCCAUUGAAAGUAUUUGAAGCAGAUUAGGAAAAUGUGAGGACAGUAUCUCAGAAAUUGAAGACAAGUUUGCAGUUAGCAAUCAGGAAAAGGAAGAUUUCUCAAAAAUAGCAAAGGAUCGUAAGAAAUCAAUCCAGCAGCUGCUAGAUGAGACAAAAGAAAAAUAACUUAAGAUUAACUGGAAUCAAUGAAAAAAAGCAGGCAAUACCUGCUUAAAUUAAAAACAUGUUCACAGACAUCGUGGCAGAAAACUAUUCUGGUAGAGAAAAAGAAUUUGACAUAUAGGUAAGUGAGGCAUAUGGAACUCCAAUUAGCCAUGAUAAAACUCUAUAGCCAGGCAUAUUAUACUCAAGAUUCCAGAAAUAUGAAAUAUUCCACCUUCUCCUUUAGAAACAACUUUCAAUUUAGACUGAUGUACCCUGCAAAACUCUUUUAAAACUUAUGGAGCAAUAAGAUACUUCCAUGACACAAAACAUCUGCCCACAAAACUAGUACUCCAAAAUGUUCUGUAGAAAGCGAUAAUAAGGACUACAGCUCCAUGAGCCCAAACAGAAGAAAUCCACUAGGGCUAGGGGUUUAGCAUAAUUUCAAUAGAUGCAAAAAGUCCAGCAUUCAAUCAUGAUAAAAACCCUACAGAAAAUUGGAACAGAUGGUCUUUAGCUCAAUCUGGUAAAAGGCAUCUAUGAAAAACCAACAGCCAACAUCGUAUUAAAUGGGCAAAAAAUGAAAACUAUCUAAAAUCAGGAACAAGACAAAGAUGUCCACUGUCUCCACUCAUUCAAUACAGUCCUGGAAACUUUAGCUGGAGCAGUAAGACAAGAGAAAGAAAUAAAAGGAAUAAAGAUAGGAAAGGAAGAAGUUAAACUAUUGUUUUUUGCAGAUGACAUUAUACUCUACACAGAAGACCCCAAAAACUUCAAUAAAAAAACUGGUAGAUUUAGUAAGCAAAUUCAGUAAGGUAGCUAGAUACAAAGUCAGCACUCAAAACUCAAUAGGCUUCCUGUUGCAUGAAUAACAAACUCACUGAGAAAGCAAUCAGGGAAACAAAUACCUUUCACAACAGCAUUCAAAAAACAAGAACUAUUCAGGAAUCAGUCUAACAAAGGGUGUAAAAAACCUCUACAUUUAAAACUACAAUACUCUGAAAUAUGAGACUGAAGAGGAUAUUAGAAAAUGGAGAGAUAUCCCAUGCUCUUGGGUAGGAAGAACUAAUAUAGUGAAAAUGGUCACACUUCCAAAACUGUUAUACAGAUUCAAUGCAAUCCCAAUCAAAAUUCCAAUAGCAUCUCACAGAAUUAGAGAAAACAAUCCUUAAAUUCAUCUGGAACUAGAAGAGACCUAGAAUAGCAAAGGCAAUCCUGGGCACCAAAGGCAAGGCAGGAGGCAUCAAGAUCCUGAACUUGAAAAUAUACUAUUAAAGCUACUGUAACAAAAACAGCAUGAUACUCGCAAAAAAAAAAAUAGACCCGAAGCCACCUAUCUUUGACACAUUCACUUGAAGAAAGAUAGUCUCUUCAAUAAAUGGUGCUGGAAAGACUGGCUUUCACAUGCCAAAGAUUAAAGUUGGACCUAUAUCUUUCACCAUGCACUAAAUUCAGAAUGGAUCAAAGAUCUAAAUAUUAAAACAGAAAAAUUACACCUACUGGAAGAUAGAGUAGGUAAAACUCCUGAAGGCACUGGUGUAGGCAAAGACUUUACGAACAAAAUCCCGAUUGCACAGGAAUGGUUACCAAGAAUCAACACCUGGAAUUUCAUCUUAUUGAAAAGCUUUUGCACAACAAGAGAAAUCACCAACAGAGUAAAAAGACAACCCACAAUGUGGGAGAAAAUGUUCAACAGCUGUUCCUCAGACAAAGAUUACAUUAAGAACAUACAAAGAACUCAAAAAAAGUCCUCCCAGAUUUAAAAACCCGAUCCAAAAAUGGGCAUCCAAAUAUUCAUCACACUUCUCAGAUGAAGAAAUACAAACAAAUAAAUAUAUGAAAAAAUGCUCAACAUCACUGGUCAUUCAAGAGAUGCAAAUUAAAACAAUACUGAGAUUCCACUUCACCCCAGAAAGAAUGGCUAAGCUGGAGGGGCUGUGAGAUAAAUGAAUCUUUCUCCACUGUUGGUGGGAAUGUGGACUGGUGCAAUCAAUCUGGAAAUCAGUGUGAAGAUUCCUCAAAAAACUAGGAUUGGACAUUCCAUUUGACCCAUUUAUACUACCUGGGUAUCUUCCCAAAAGAAUUAAAAAUAUCAUACCACAGUGACAUUUUUAAACCUAUGUUCAUAUUCAUAGUAGCACAAUUUGUAAUAGCUACAUCUUGGAAACAACCUAAAUGCCCACUGACUGGGAAUGGAUACAAAAGAUGUGGUACUUUUAUUCAGUGGAGUACUACUCAGCUAUAAAGGACAAAUGAGACUUUUACAGGUAAAUGGAUGCAACUUGAAUCCAUUUUCCUAAGUGAAACAAAUCAGAAUGCAUGUGUGAACAUCGUAUAGUUUCACUAGUAUGAGAAGCUGAAACAGUACAUGUACGUGUGUGUAUAUAUAAAAAUAUAGUUAAGACAGUAAUACGACUGAUUUCUGAGUUCACUGAAGAAGUUUGUAGUGUUUGGACAACUGAAUGCAGAAGUCUUGUGUUCUGGGUGACCGAUUUGGGGAUGGCAAUGUGUAAUAUACAUAUCAUUGUUGUUCCCUGACUAUUGCGUCUUGAAAUUUUAUUUUUUUUUCCUCUUUAAAAUAAAAUGGAUUUGGAAAAAAACUCUACUAAA